AUGAGCAACAACACAACAGGUGCGCUGGCGUCGGAUGACGACCAGCAGAUGGCGCUAGUGGGCACAAUCAUCGUCGCUCUCACGAUGGCGGCCAUCAACGUCGCCGUCGUCCUCGGCAACGCCGUCGUCGUCGUUAGCAUAUGCCGCCACAAGGCGCUUCACGUCGCACACAACUACGUGCUGCUGUCGCUGGCCGUCGCCGACCUGCUGCUCGGCGUCGCCGUGCUUCCGGUGCACGUCGUCUACGCGACGACCGCCGUGUGGACCUUCGCCGCGUGGUACUGCCGCGUCAGCUUCGCUCUCGACGUCGCGCUCAGCAACUGCAGCAUCCUCCAUCUUUGCGUCAUCGCCGGCGAACGCCUCCUGGCCCUGCGCUGGCCGCUACACUACCGAAAGGUGGCGCGCGUCCUCGUCGCGUGGGGCGUCUGCCUCGCGUGGCUGCUGUCGGCCGGCAUGGGCAUCGUCGUCGCCGCCGUUCCGCGCUCGUGGCACGGCGACGGCGUUGUCGAGGCGGGCGGCGCAUGCGUGCUGGCCGUCACCUUCCGCUUCGCCGUCGUCUGUGGGCUGCUCUCGUUCUACGCGCCGCUAGCCUUCAUGGCGGCCGCCUACGUGUGGAUGGCGCUCACCGUCAAGCGGCAGCUGCGUCGCACCGCCGCCGCCGACGGUCCGGCGACGCCGGCGGCGCGCGUCGCCGCAAGACGCCUGCGCUCCGAGGUGGCGCUCACACGCGCAAUGGCUGCCGUUCUUGGCGUCUUCUUCGUCUUCUGGCUGCCGUUCGCGACGCUCAAUCCGUGGGUGGCGCUGCACGCCGACGCGCCGACGUCGGUGAUGACGUUCGCGACGUGGUGCGGCUACGCGAACUCGAUGGUCAACCCGAUCGUCUACUCGAUCUUCAGCGUCAAGAUGAGAGCCGCCUUCUUCGCCACGAUCCGAUGUCGAGGUGGCGUGUCGUGA